CGUACAGCUCAUACGGAUCGGCGGGUACUUUAUCCACAGUGUCCGGUGCUAAUUAAUGGCAUUUUUUAUACGAUUAGUGCCGCCUAUUAGGAUAUGUAACUGUUACUGCAUAAGACAGCCCAUUAGUUCAUAAGCUCACUGAAAAAAAAAAAACUGAAAUUAAACCAAUUGAUAAUCAGAAUCAAAAAUCGUUAAUCAAAAUCGAAGUAAAUUCAAUUUUAGUCAAGGCAAUUAAAUCGAAAGUGUUAAGACUUCAAAACAUUCCUUAGUGAAAAUUUACGACACAAGCACUGCAAAUCAAAUUGAGAACAAUUUCAAUCACAAUAAAAUCAAAAAUCAAAAGAAAGCAUUUAAUUGAGUUACUAUCGAAUUGCCAUCUGCAAAAUGACGAAAGCUACAGCAAACGAUAUCAAAAACAAAAACGUUAAAAAAGCGUACGAAAUGCGCAUAAAACAGAGAAGUGAGUUGAAAAAUUACUGGACACCCUCCCGGUGUGCCAAGAUUUCAAUAGAUCUAUGUGCAGUCGGUUAAAUUGUAGAUUCGUUCAUUUAACUGAAGAUGACAAGGUUGAAGUAUGUGAUCAACGUGUGGCUGUGUGUCGCGACCAUGCCAACGGCCAAUGCAGACGUAAGCAAUGUAAAUAUUAUCAUAUACCGAUCGUAUUGCCGCCGGCGAAUGUUAUGGCUGCGAUCAUUAAUACGAACAACAACAACAACAAUACUAAUAACAGCAUGCAUAGCAACAGCAGCAGCAGCAUUAGCAGCAAUGCAAGCAGCCAUGGCAGCAGUAACAACAACAACAACAACAACCACAACCAGAACAAUCAAUUGCAUACAAUCUCACAACAGCAGCAACAGCAACAGCAACAGCAACAACAAAAGCAGGCACAUGAACAUUAUCAGCAGCAUGCCAAGUCAACAGCAGCAGCGACAGCGACCGCAACGACUGGCAUUGCCACCAAUUACAAUAAUAAUUUGAUAAUAAUCGAACCGCAGCAACAUCAUCUUCACCAGCAACAACAACAACAACAACAACAACAGCAACAACACUACAAUUAUCUACACAACAACAAUUACACGACAACACAUUACAGCCCGAGUAAUAGCAGCAGCAGCAGCAGCUCCGCUAACAACAACAAUAGCAAGCACGUCACGCAUACGAUCUACCAACAACAACCAGCCACUUUCCAUCUACCACACUUCACCUGCCAUUCGCCCUACUCACCAUCCUCAGCAUCCUCAUCGUCAUCCUGUUCCAUCGCCACCUCGCCCACAGCGCUCACUUCUGCGACCGCAACGCUGCCGACCACAUCCACGGUGACCAUGCCCACUGCUAUUGCCACCAUACCAGCAGCACAGCCACCACCACAUGCCACUGCCUAUCUGAAGGCGACGCCGUCACAUCUUACCGCAUACGCCAGCAGCGGCGCUUAUGAAUUGACCACGGGCGCGCCCACAUUGUUGCUCAGCAGCGAUUACAAUUCGAAUUGCAUUCCAAUUUUGGCAGCGCACCAACAGCAACAACAACCGCAAUCACCGUUGGCCACAGCAGCAUCAUACAUUUAUCCGCCGUCCGGUAUACAUCAUCAGCAGCAUAGCGCCGCUGCAGCGCAACAACAUUUAAUGAAAUACGCCGCAGCUGCCGCGGCACAGGCGGCACAACAUCAAUUCCAUUAUGCUGCCGCGCCACAAAUACUGACCGCUGCAGCGCCGCAACAUAUGUUAGCGACAGCAGUGACAUCGACCGCCACAGCGCCGCAUACGCAUGUGUUGAGUGGCGUGGCAACAACAACUACGCCGCUUGUGGUGGCCACUACAACGGCGGCUGGCGCGGCCACAAGCGCGCCGGUGGUAGGCGGUUGCAUAUGAAAUGCGCAAGGCGGCAGUAGCAGCAACUGUGCAUACCAGCAGCGACAGCAGUAUACGCCUUGGGAACAACAAGAACCAGCAGCAUUACAAUAUCAGUGGCAACAUCAACAACAGCAAUUCAUUUACAUGGGCAAUAAUGGCGGCGUUUAAGCGCGCGCUCGAAACUUUGCACUCAACGCGCCGCGCCUGACUUGACGCUCGCGCAGUGCUUCAUAAGCAUGCGCGCGGCACGGUACAUCGCACACGAUGUGCCCGACGUAAGUUGUCAACAACAUUUCCAAAUCACACUCGAAUAUUUUAGCAAUAAGCACCACAUAUUCACGUACCUAGUUAUAAUAUGUUUAUGUAUGUCUGACAGACAGCUGAGAUUGGUUGUCAGCCGCGCCGCUAUGUAUGUGUUAGUGAGCGGUUAUGUUUUUGUUAAUUCAAAUUUGUUUUAUUUCUAAUUAUUUCUAUGUACUCAGUUUGUUAAAUAUUUAAUAUUUACUGUUUUAUUUUGUUAUUAAAAAAAAAAAUAUUAAAAAAUAUACUCAUUGUAACUUGUUUAUAUAGACUUAUAAGUAUCAAUUAGCAAUUAAUGAUUACCGAUUGUCUAUUACCCAUCAUCAAGUAAUUUAUGUAGUAUAUACUCGUAUGUAUAUAAUCUAGUAUAUAAUUUUGCGUGUUGCAAGUUGAAACAAAACGAAUCUUAAAUAUGAUACACGAUAUACUCGUUAAGAGCAAUAGUUUACAAUUAUUUUCUUUAUAAUGUUGUUCCUUUUAAUUUUUCAUAUUUUUUGUAUUGAUCACUGGCGGGUUAACGCUUUAAUGUUUCAAGCCGUACAAUGUGGCAUAAAAUUGAAAGAGUCAGUUUAGAAUCAUUUGGCUCCAUGUGACGGUAAUUGAAGGGUUAAAUUUUGCACUCAAAAAAAUUUGUUAUUAAAAAACUAAAACUUCCGGGGUUUUUCAGAGAGUUAACAUCACACAAUCAAAGAAAAAACUUUAAAAAAAUACCGCCAAUAUAGCCAGUGAAAAAGUAUAAAAUUCAAUAAGAAAUCAUUAGCAAAAACUAAAAAAUUAUUUUCUUGAGAAAUACGAGUACACUGAUUUAAUUUGGCUUGUAGUGACUACUCCGAAAGAGUGAAAAAGGUAGCGAGAGAGAGAGAAUGAGGAGAUAGAGCGAUAUAUACUCAUUCUCUGUUUUGUGGAACUUCCAACGUGUACUAUAGAUAACGACAUAAAAGAAAGGAGAAAAAAUACCUACUUAUGAAGAAGUUAGAAGUGCUUAGCUGGAAGAAAUUUUAAGUAAUAUAAUUUAGUAAACGUUUCAUUCAAGCUCCAUCUAUUUAUUCUAUAUCACAAAAAUUUAAUUUGUUAUUAUCAAAUAACGAAAGAAACUAAGAUGGCUACUCUAAAGGAAGAAAAUGUGUAUAAUGUCUUAAGAAUAAAUGAGAACGUACGUUACACAGUUUUCUAGAACGACGUUCUCUGAACUCUGAGAGCGAGUUAGAGGUUUGAGUGAGCCAACGCUAAUGUGACGUCAACCAAACAGCUGAUUUCUCGAACGCUUUGAUAGAUAAAUACCUGAAAUUUCAUUUAUAUGAACUCUCUUAACACUGGUGAGAAUCAUUAAACUAUCGACGAAUAAAUUAAAUUACUUUAAAGAGUUGCCACAGAUCACAAAAUUAAAUGUUUUGAAAAUUUUGUGGUAUGCAAAAAUGUUUGUAAAUAUUUUUAUUAACUCAUUUUGUCAUUUUAAAUUAAAAACAAAUUUAAUUUUUUUAGAUUUUUUUUAAAUUAAAAAAAACUUUUUAAUUUUGGUUUUUUCAUGUAUUUUUUAAACGAAAAAAUCUUAUUUGAAGUUUGCCAUUAACCUAACCUCAACUUACACAUACACAAACUAGAACAACUUUCAACUUAUCACAAUAAAAAAGGCAACAAUUAAAGGUUGAUGAACUAUUUACAAAAAAUUUUGAAAACAAAAAAUAGUUAUAAACUAACAACUAGCAGUGAAAAAAAAAUACUUAUAAAACAAUAAAAAAUUAAAAUAUUAAAAAUAAUAAACAUUAUUAUAAUGAUCACGUGUAAUUUUUUAAAGUGCAGUAAAACUUGAAUGAGUUCUGAGUGCAAGGACACUCAAAAAACUACGAAAAAAUUUAAAAUAAAAAACACUCUAUAUACACUUUAAUAUACUUGAGGUUGUAGGCUUAAGAUUGAACAUUUAAAAAAUAAUUCAAAAUAACUAAACACUGGAAUAAUUUAAUUAUAAAAAAAAAAGUUACUAAAUUAAGCAAAUCUACAAACAAUAAACAAAUACACUUGAAAAAAUAGCAUUAAAUUAGUUUAGAAAUUACACAUUUAAAAUUUUUGAACGGUAACAUUAGUGUAGUUGUAGUUUACGAGAGUUACGAAAAUGAAAGUUACAUAAAUUACAAGCUGCGAAAAGUGCGAAAACAGUGCAGUUGCCGUGCUCAGAGCGCGAUUUGCAGAGAGAGGUGGGAUGUGUAUAAAGUAACUGUUUUUUGUGUGUAUACCAUAAUGAUAAAGCAUUAAAUAAAAAUUUACUGAAAUUAGUUAUGCAAUUUUAA